UCCAGCGCACGCCUACCUUGAUUUCCUCAUGCACGAUUGUUUGCUCAUCUCCCAGUGCAUUUCACUGGUCGUUCAGAUUUUCAGAAGUCCGCUCCGUGCGUGUCCCAGUCCCCGUGAGCGCGUCUGCGCAGUGCGUGCAGGAGGAACAGUGAGUAAAGUGCGAAGAGCGCAGUCGGACAUGAUGCGCGCGGAGCUCCGACAAGAGCCACCAUGGUGAGGAAGAGACCAAGAGCACGAGGAUUCUUUUUCAGCGUGAAGCUUAAGAGAUACACAGUGCAUGAAGACCCCCGAGUAUUCGGGGGCAAGUUUGUUUCACUGGUCUGAGAGGAAAACUCGGCGGAAAUCCACAUAGGAGAGAACAGUUUUCUUCUGCGUAUGGAGAAUCUCAGUGAUCUGGAAUACAUGAUGAAGUUCAAGCCCAAUCAGACGAGGACGUACGACGGAGAAGGCUUUAAAAAACGAGCUGCGUGUUUGUGCUUCAAGAACGACCGAGAAGACGAGGUGUUGCUCGUGAGCAGCAGCCGGCACCCGGAUCAGUGGAUCGUUCCAGGAGGUGGGAUGGAGCCAGAGGAAGAGCCAGGUGGAACUGCUGUACGAGAGGUCUAUGAAGAGGCUGGUGUAAGGGGCACACUUGGCAGAUUACUGGGGGUUUUUGAGAACCAAGACAGCAAACAUCGAACGUAUGUGUAUGUACUGACGGUUACAGAGACGCUGGAGGACUGGGAGGACUCUGUUAAUAUUGGUCGCAAGAGAAAGUGGUUUAAGAUCGACGAGGCGAUCCGGGUGCUGCAGUGCCAUAAGCCCGUCCAUGCCGAGUACCUACGCAGACUCACACCUCGCUGUGGCUCCACUAACGGAAACACUCAGGAGCCGACAGGCCAAGGCGAUAACGCACCUCUCCAUCAGACCACCUCACAUGACUGCAGUCUGCCCCGAUUCCACAGAUAGAACUGCCGACAGGGGGCAGCUUUGAGCCACACAGAAAGGACUGGAAAAGGACUACUUUUGCAUGCAGCAUUUCUAUUCUUAAUAGUUUUUCUAAUGUUGAGAAGCCAAACGCUUAAAGAAGAUUGUGCCUUUGACUCACAAGUUUAGAACAUAGUGUGUAUAGAGCUUUUUGAGCUAUUUCUUUCCUACAGCUGAACAAAGAUAGGAUUGAGCUUUGAAUGAAGGCUAUUGUGAAGAUAGUGGACAUUUGGAGCACCUUUUUAAAUAAUUGAUAAAUUACUUAUGGAUUUUUAGUGUUAUUUAUUCAUAGGUUGCAGUGAUUUAAAGAACGUUUCGACAUGAAGCUAAAGCAUCUUUAGCAAUGGCAAAAUACUGUGCAAUACUUGAUGUAAAAAUUCACAAUGAAAUCCACCCCCCUAAAAAAAGGAUUCAUUUUC